AUGAGCGAUGAAGAUUUGUUAGUGAAAAUUGAUGAAAUAGUGGCGAAGCGAUUUAAUGAAAUUAUUGAAGGGGAGCGAACCAAAAUGAAGGCGGAACUAGACGCUUACAACGCAGAGAAGCAAAGAAUGAAAGCCGUCAAAGUCAGCGACAACGAUAUCAUACACCUCAACGUUGGUGGUCACAAAUUAACCACAAAAAGAUCUACUCUUUGUCAAGUAGAAGGUUCGCUGCUCGCCUCAAUGUUCAGUGGACGUUGGGAGGACAGUCUCGAGCGCGAUAAAGAUGGCGCCAUAUUUUUCGAUUUCAACCCCCAGUAUUUUCUUGUUAUAUUGGAAUACCUGCGCGCGAAGAAAAUUGCCACACCAGAGAAUCCCGCGACAUUGCCGAAAGUCCCCGAAGACCAAGCGAAAAAUUUUCAUAAUCUUCUGGAAUACCUCGGUUUAAGAGAUGAAAUCGUCCCCACUGAAAAAGUGCCCAGCGAGAAAUUCGAUGCGCACAGCUCUGGAGUCACUCUUGAGGAAGGCGGGACGGUUGCAGUUCAUGGUCCUGGUGCAGAUAAUAAAUAUGUUCUGGGAGAAAAUAUUUACCAACAAGGCAUUGUGAGUCUUAAGUUGAAGUUGGAGUCGUUUAAAAAUAAUAAUUGGAUGUUUGUUGGCAUAGCGAAAGCGAAUGUUGUACCACCGAAUAACACUUCGCAUGCAUGGCCUGUUUCGUAUGGAUGGACACUCGGACAUAUUGGUCGAAAAGCGAAAGAGGGGUCAUUUACGAUUGAUCAUGCUUUAAGUAAUCUCACUAAACAAGGUGACACGGUUGAGUUAGUCUUGGAUUGCGAUGCUGCCAAGCUGUCAUUACAUUUGCCCACUGGUCAACAAUUUCACAUCGAAAUACCCAAGUCCCAAGCCUGGAGACUCAAUGUAAGUUUGGUGUACGAUGACAAAAUAAGAAUCAUCAGCAACGAAUGA